AUUUGAGAAAGAGCAUAUUAGUGUGUCUCACUUACACUAAUGAACAGUGUCGCUUGUGUACGUAGUUGGAAAGCACCCAAUAGUAUGGCUAGUUUUGGCCAAUGUUUUAUUUGUGUAUACAGCCUUUAAAAUAAGAAAGAUACUGAGAUGUGACAGAAAAAAAAACAAAGAAGAAGUAUUGUUAAAAUAGUGACAGUAUAGUAGUGUAUCAACGAAUUACUUAAAUACUGUGCAAAAGAGUACGAAAACAUGCCAACAUAUGAAAUGCCAUUAUUAUUACGUAUUAUGAAAAAGCCUGAACUAGCAGCAACUUUAAAAAGAACAGCUGGAUUAAUAUUUAACACUGGUGGUUUUAUAAGAAAAAUGGAAAAUUGGGGCGUAAAACAACUUCCAUGUAAAGCUAGUGUUCACGGUCAUGUUUAUAAAGAAGCAGACCAUUUUCUUAUAUAUUUUGAUGCACCUUCAAAAGAGAUAGAAAAGAUUUUAGAUGAAUGCAAUCGAGAUGUUGAUAUUGUUAGAUUGAAGAUAUAUAAACAAACUGAAUUACAGAAGAAACCAUGUACUUUUCAUGAAGAAAUGUUACCACCUCCAUACAGGCCUACUGUUCAAAAGUUAAUAGAAUCUUCAAAAAGACAGCAUAGGAACAAAUAUGAAUUCAAAUAUAACAGCGGAUUGGACCACUAUCCUUUUAAUAAAUAAUUGUAGAAAUUCUUUUAUUAUAUAAUUACAUUGUACUGUAAAGAUAUCU